AUGCACAGAUCAGAUCGGUACAUCUGCAUCCUGCUCGGGGCGCUGUGCCUCACCGGCACAUCAAUUUACUACACCAGAGGGCUCAAAGAUGACCACGCAGCCUUCUUCGUCCACGUCGUCGCAAGCACCUCUCUCUACGUCACCUCGGUAAUCUCCCUCUCCUUCGCAACCGAGGAGGAUGCGAGGCUCCAGGCGAAAGUGGCGAAACUGAGGCAACGGAAACGCGCAGGCUUGAGGCCAUACCAAUACUGGCCCCUCGAGCUUGCGACACUGUCGACCAGGGUGACCGGGUUGCUCGGCGGUCUGUACACCUUCGCCCUGCCCCUGGUAUCGCCCUUUAAGGACCCGAUAGUGGACGUUGCCAUCCGCAUCCCGACCUUCUUCUACAGUUGCAAGCUUCUCGACCUCUCGGUCGCCCGGGCGCGCAAGCCGCCCGUCCCCUGCGGCGCGCAAGACAUCGAGGCGUACGGUCUCGUGAGCUGGAGAGCUCAUGGCGCGAACGCCUGGCGGCUCCUCACGGAAACGAGAUACGCGUCAUUCAACAUCGCCGUGGACGAAUCAGCGCGCAAGGCAGUCGAACAGAAGGACGCUGCGUGGAGCCUCAUCCCCUGGCUCGCCCUUCCACUUGCGUAUUUGUUCCCAGCUGCCGCCGAGGCACAGGUCGUGAGCGGCCUCCUGGGGAUCCAGCUUGGCAUCGAGGGUCUGCACAGUCUCCUGCACCCCCGGUGCCCGAAUUGGCUCUUCUGUCGGCCAUUUUCGUCCGCCGGUCUCUUGGAGUUUUGGACCUGCCGCUGGCAUCAGGGAGCCCAGCCGUUUUUGUACAGCCUCGGUUAUGCGCCUGUAAGAAGGGUGGUUGCGAAGUUGUUCGGCCCUGAUGUUGGUAGGGCUGCGGGCGUGCUUGGGGCGUUCAGCCUGAGCGGUGUCUGGCAUGCUUGGUCAGGUGCUGCCCUGACCCGAGCUGAAUACGUCUGGCAUGUGAGCGUCGGCCUGUGGUUCUUGUUUAUCCUGCAGGGUCUUGGCUGUCUAGUUGAAAAGCGCCUCUCGAGGGAUGUCAGCCGCAGCCUCACUCCCUUCAGUCGUGCCCUGGAGUCCCUCGUCAAGCAAGCGAUGGAGCUUCAGAGUCGACGGACCAGAUAG